AUGUCUGCCGUUUUCGGCAAUUCUACGUUGUCCGCUGCCAUCGAGCAAGGCGGAUCCUACUCAGAGACACUAAAGCGUGUCAUCACGUACCAGCCCCAGCUGAACGUUGUUGAACAAUACUGGGCUGCUUGGUACAGCUACAUGGGCAACGACGUGCUUGCCACGGGUCUUAUGUUCUUCGUGCUGCACGAAUUCAUGUAUUUUUUCAGAUGUUUGCCAUGGGCCAUCAUUGACCAAAUCCCCUUUUUCCGCAGAUACAAACUUCAACCCACCAAGAUCCCUAGCGUAAAGGAACAAUGGUACUGCUUCAAGUCAGUGCUUUUAUCCCACUUCUUGGUCGAAGCUAUUCCAAUCUGGACUUUCCAUCCAAUGUGCCAAAAGCUCGGCAUUUCUGUCACCGUGCCAUUCCCAACCAUCAAGACCAUGGCUUUCCAAAUUGGAUUGUUUUUCAUUUUGGAAGACACAUGGCACUACUGGGCUCACCGUCUGUUCCAUUACGGUGUCUUUUACAAGUACAUUCACAAGCAACACCAUCGUUACGCCGCACCUUUCGGUUUGGCCGCUGAGUAUGCUCAUCCAGUCGAAACUUUGUCUCUAGGUUUCGGUACCGUUGGUAUGCCUAUACUUUAUGUCUUGUACACGGGUAACCUGCACCUUUUCACCCUUUGUGUGUGGAUUACUUUGAGAUUAUUUCAAGCGGUCGACUCCCACUCCGGUUACGACUUCCCAUGGUCUCUUAACAAGUUUUUGCCCUUCUGGGCUGGUGCAGAGCAUCACGACUUGCACCAUCACUAUUUCAUUGGUAACUACGCCUCUUCUUUCAGAUUCUGGGACUACGGUCUUGACACCGAGGCUGGUCCAGAAGCAAAAGCCGAAAGAGAAGAGAGAAUGAAGAGAAGAGCGGAACAGAAGGCUAAGAAGGCAAAUUGA